UGCCGCCUCGUUUCGUCCUGGACGAUCUGAUCGCGUUCGGCCGAUCUUGGUAAGCCCAACUCUCUAUGCCGCCCACGAGGGGCGGCCGGCUCAAGCCAAACGAGCCGCUCUGCGACAAGCCGACCAGGGAGUACAUCCAGACCAGGCGCUUGUCGGCGGUGGCGCAAGACGCCGCCGACGGGGAUGUGCUCUCUCCACCAGAGACGCAGGCCCCAACGACUCGCUCGCUCGGAGCCAAGCCCAACCUCGCCCGCUCCCGGUCCGCGAUGGGUGGCCUGAGCGGCCCGACCUUUAUGGACGAGGCCAAGGGCCUGUCGGGUGUCUCGAGGACACUCUGCAUGAGCAUCGCCGACGUGGAGAGCUCGCCGGGGGGGCUGCGCCGCUUCCUCUGGCCGCUGGUCCUCUUCACCUUGCUGGCCCUCACCGCGGCGCUCAUGCUCAACGCCCUCAUCUUCUGGACACCCGCGUACCGCUACUAUUGGGAGCAGAAGCGCGCCGCGCUGCUCUCUCAAAACGAGACGGCCGCGCUGCUCGAGAGGUACGACCCCGACUUCCCGCCGCUGCCGGAAGGGUGCCAGCGGUUCGACAAGAACUCUGAGCGCCUGACCGAGGGCGUCGAGACCCUCCUCGACGCCACCUUCCGCACCCCCUUCGAGGUUGACGCGCUGCCGAACGAGCCGCAGUCGCUCGGGCCAGGCUCGCGGCUGGUGCUCGACUCGCUGGUGGUGGAGGAGGUGCACCACGGGAGGUGGACCUUCGGCGUGUGCUGGGACUCGCCCUGGUACCAGACCAUGCCCGACCAGCUCGUCCUCCGCCUCCGCCGCAUCGGCAUCACCGCGACUCUCAGCAUGCACAUCACGCAGCACGUGCCCUUCCACGGCGACGUCGUCCUCUCCUACGGCUCCGCCACCGUCGUCGGAGAAGGCGUCGUCUUCCUCGACGAGAUCGACCUGCAGCGGCUCGCGCAGCCCGUCCAGGCGUGCAAGGGGCGGUUCCUCUUCACGAUGCAGGGCGCGAGCUUCGGCGUCGGGGGCUACUCGGCCGGCAUCGGCACUGUGCUCGACUCGCUCGACGUGAGAUAUAGCCGAGAUGAGCCGAGAGGAGCCGAGAUGAGCCGAGAUGAGCCGAGAUGAGCCGAGGUGAGCCGAGGUGAGCCUAGACGAUUCGGGAGGAGACGAGAGACUGCCCGUGCUGUGCUCGCUCGGCGUGCCGCCGCCCUUCUCCUCCGGAGCAAAAAGCCGUGGGCGGCGCCAACCCCGGAAACCUUCUCGGAGGCUCCUCGGAGGCCUCCCUCGGAGCCCCUGCCCCUCCCGGCAGGUUGGCGCCGUCUUCCCCGUGCAAGACGUGCUCUGCUUCGGUGGAGGAGGCGCGACCAGCCUCUCUUCCCUCGACGCGCAGCGCGCCGCCGCCGCCGCCGCCGCCGCCCGGCGCGACGCGAGGGCGGACGGCGGCGCACACGGGCAGCUCGACGCCGCCAACGCGACGGGCACCGGCGCGGCGGGGAUGGCGCGCGAGUCCCGGGGUCGUGCUCCUCUCGCCCUCUUGCUGCGAGAGGGCGGCGGGCUUGGGAGUAGGUGAACGAGAUAGUGUGGGACAUGAUGCCGCAGAUCCACCAGGGGACGGAGCUGCUGCUGCUCGCCUCGAGCGCCACGGUCGUCGUCGCGAUGCUCGCCCUGCUCGGCCUCGUGGUCGCCAUCACCGCGUACGUCAACGACUCGCCGCGCGCGCUCGUGCCGGUGGCGCUGGUCACGACGGCGCUCUGCGGGCUGGUGCUCUCUGCCGCGAGGAGGUCUCUCUCGACACCAUCGGAGGAGAGGAGACGGGUGAGUGGUGUGAUGCCAUCACAGGUGCUCAAGCUCGGGCGCGAGGAGCCCCUCGCCGGCGCGACCGGCUGCUUCGUCGUCCUCGUCCUCUUCUCCGCCUGGCGGCUGCUCGCCUGCGCCUCGUACCACGUCCGCGAGGCCGCCGCCUCGCCACGGGGCGCCGCACGCUUCGCCGCCGGCUGCGCUUGCAUCGGCUUGCUCGGCCGGCUGGCGUACGAGUACCGCGGCACGACCGGAUCGCGGUGGCUGCUGCUCAUCUAUGUGACGCUCAGCGCGUCCCUCGGCGGGGUCGCCCUCCUCGCCCCCUUUUGCCUCUCGCGCUCCCUCGCCGGCUUCGGCGCCGUCUCGUCCGCGUGGAAACGCCAGGCACUGCGCAGCGCGUCCCUGGACGGCAUCGAAGAGAAGAGAGAGAGCUCUCUGACGACGCCGCGCGCGACGGCGGCCCGCAUCCGAGCGCGCCUGCACCUCUUUCACUCCCUCAACGUGCGGCUGGGAGGCAUGCCUCGCUGCUACGCGUCGAUGCUCGCCGCCCUCCUGCUCGCGAUCUUCGUCGUCAUCUUUUACACGCUCGAGUUCUCGCGCGAGCUCAACUCGCGCACGCACUUCGUCUCGCCGCCCCCGCCGCCCUACCCGCCUUGGGCGCCGUAUCCGCCCGCCGCGCCGCCGCUGCCCGCCGCGCCGCCGCCGCACGGUUACAGCUACUACGGCUAGCAGCGGCCUAGCAGUGGCCGCACGACGCGCCUCUACUCCUUUUCCCGCAAGGCCACCUUGCCGGGUCCGCGCCUCUCGCCUUAUCAUCCCUCUCUCUCUCGACGUACGGGCAUAGAGUAGCCGUGGCUCUAAGUCGUGCGAGACGGAAACCGAGAGAGUGGAGACUGGAGAGAGAGAGCCCUCUCUGAGCGGCAUGCCUCUGAGUUACUCUAGUUAGAGAGAGCCCUCUAGAGAGAGAGAUGAAAGUGGAGAAAGAGAGAAUUCGAAGCGAACGACUUGCCGAAAAUGCUGUCGCACGAGCGCACUUGACGGAACUCAGUCUCACGUUAUAACACGCGUCCACAGACCACACACCUCUAAUAUACGAGAGUCGAGAGACAGAGAGCCCGCGCAGCCGAAGACAUUCAACGCACAAGCGCACGUACACAACAGCCGCAAAUUU